CUGUUUUGCCAGGAAUAAAAAAUACCCUUCAGCAAUUCGUCAGCAAAGUGAAAAAACCUGCUGCGUGCUUAACAAUUCGUGAAAUUUCGUUGUUGUUUUUGUUCUAAUUUACACAAACCAUGCCUAAAAACCUGCGUAAUGGCAAUUUUCGUGGCCGCGGUGGUCGCAAUUAUGGUGGCGAUCGGUUUUACGACAACAGUUCCGAUAUAGGUCCAAACCAUGGGCACGACGAUCGCACUGAGCGUGGUGGCGAAUGGAAUGAUAGAAACAGGAACGACCGCAACAUGACUAACGUGCAACGGCGUGUUAGCUUCAAGCCCUUCAACGGGGGCCGUGGCAAGGGGCGCAUCACCGAGAAUCAGAUGCGCGCCCAUAUCAAUGACGACGACGAAGCGAUGGGUGGUGAUACCUUCGACAGUGGCAAUCCUCGCGUGCGUAUGAACAAUCGUAACUUCGAUCGUCAACGGCGUAGCGGAUCUCCAAUACCGCGGGGAAUGAAUAGUGACAGAAACCUGUCCAAAAAGCUGAUGAAAGGCGCACAAACAUCCUGGUACGAGGUGAAGAUACCGUACGGACACAAAUACGAGAAGAACUUUAUCCUCCGUUCGAUUCAGCAAGCGAUCAGCCCCCAGGUGUUCAUUCCGCUAUACUACAAAGCGAACGAUUUCCAUGCAUCAUUCUUCGUGGAGGACUACAAAGUGGCAAGCUCCAUCUUGCAGGCUAGCCGUACUAUUGAGACACCCGAUGGGCGGCGAUUAACGUUAAACGUGCGCAAUAACCAACCGCCGACGCAGAUGAACGACCAGCUAAAAAUGCGCAUGAAGCAAGCAAUGGAAAAGCGAUACAAUCCCGUUACCAAGGCGUUAGAUUUGCACAAGUUCCAUGCCGACCCCGAUCUGAGUGAUAUGUUCUGCGCAUUAGCUCGUGCACAGAUUAUGCUGGCGGCUGUUGAUAUUAUUGCGGAACACAUUCCCGCACUGGAAGCGCUAAAUUUGAACGAAAACAGACUGUACAUGUUGGACCAUUUGAAAUCCAUGGCUACAAAGUUGCCUCAUUUAAAAAUUCUUCAUCUGGCUAAAAAUCGGAUACCCUACCUUAGCACGCUGGACAGUUUAAAAAAUCUGAAACUAGUAGAGCUGAAUCUGGAGGACAAUCCGUUGCGGAAACAAUUCGACGAUAAUACGGCUUAUAUCAGUGAAGUGCGUAAAAGAUUCCCCAAGGUGAUAAAGCUGGAUAAUUUCGAAUUACCGCCACCAAUCAGCUUUGAUAUACCGGAAGAUGAUAUGAAACUUCCGGAGGCCAAGGCCUCGUUCCUAUGCGAUGCGAAUGGUUCCGAUAUUGUUCGGCAAUUUUUAGAACAAUAUUACGCGAUUUACGACUCCGAUAAUAGACAACCACUGCUCGAAGCGUACCACGAGCAUGUCAUGUUUUCGCAUACCGUCAAUACAUCACAUCAAACGAAUCAACAAAAGAUGAGUGUGUAUCUAUCGGGGCAACGUAACAUAAAGCAUAAAACGGAUCUCGACUCUCGUUGCCGGCUUUUAAAGCAAGGGAGACUACAAGUCGUAUCGCAUCUUUCGUCACUACCGCUAACCAAACACGAUUUGCCGACGUUCGCAGUGGACCUAACGCUGUUCACACCCCACAUGUUGCAGCUAACCGUCAAUGGUACGUUUAAGGAACGGAAGGGAGACGCGAGUUCGGAUUUGCUACGAUCAUUUCAACGGACGUUUGUAAUAGUGCCGGCAAAUGGUGGCUUCUGCAUACGCAACGAGAUGAUACACAUUAACAUCGCAACACGUCUGCAAGAGGAGAAGUGCUUCAAACCAGUGAACAGCGCAGCAAUGGCACAAACCGUGGCGACACCUGCACCGGUCGCUGUCCCUACAAUAGCUGCCGUUCCAAUGGUACCAGAUGAUAAUACCAAGCUGCAAAUGAUACAAGCACUAUCCGUACAGACCAAAAUGACUACCGAAUGGAGCAAAAUGUGUCUGCAGGAAAACAACUGGGACUAUCAACGGGCAGAGUUUUCUUUCGCUGAGCUACACAAACAGAAUCGAAUACCACCGGAAGCGUUCAUCACGAAUUGAUCCUGUUUUUUUAGGCGAGUUGAGCAGUGUUUUCGUAUUAGAUUGUAAGCUUCUAUCUCACACCCGAUCAGAUCAAGUUUAAUUGGCUACUGAAACUGUUUCAUUUUCGUAUGAUAUCGUUUCGAUUUUUCAUUUUCUGUUUACAAACGCAAAAUGGCCGUUUAGCAAAUAUUCGUUUAAUUAUAAUCAUGAAAAAGAGAAUUGUCUGUAGAUGCAGACACUCUUCUGUACAAAACACUACCGUGUCAUGGGACAGUUUAUAUGUUGCUAUAUUGCUUUUUUUAUAGUACAGUGCGCUAUGAAGUGAAAAAUCCCUUUCGGUAAUCACUAUAUAGACGAAAUCACUUCUUUUAUGUUGUACGUAAUCGGGAAACAAAAAUAGUUUCUGCUUUGUUCUAAACAAUGCUCAAUGUGUGAAAUGAUAGCAAAGCAGAGGGAAUACUACUUAUUAUAAUAAUUAUGUAAUGAUCAUCCAUCUCGCAGCCAGCGUUAAAAAGUUAAUUACAAUUUUGUGAUGUAAUGGAGAAGUAAAGUGGACGGGUUUGGCAAAUAGUUCAAUUCACCAUUUCAAAAAUCUCGUGUUGCAUAUGAAAUACAUGAAUGUACAUCAUGCAGUUUCUACUGCAUGAAUGAAGAAAGGAUAAUUUUUUUAUAUAGUCAAUACAGCCAACCAUAUUAGUUCUGCGGUUUAUAGUUUUAUUUAGUUUCAUAAGUUAACAUAAUCGCGUAAUAAAUGACGAAAAAUCGUGAAGGGUUUGUGAGUUUAGGGUCAUUUUGACUUACUUUAUGCAAAACUGUAACACCUUCUUUAGCUUAGUUUUCAAAGCUCUCAGUAGUGUUCUAUUCAACAGGCAUUUCUAUUGUUGUAAAACUGUACAGUCUUAAAAGAACAUGAAACGAAUGCUGAAAAUAAAUAGUGCUACUUAUCAUGUACCUAAUGAUACAAACCGAAAAUAA